AUGUCGGUCGCAGGGUUGGUGGCCAUCGCGACGACUGGCCUGCUCCUGCCUGCGGCGCCGCGCCUAGUCGCACCGCGCGCAGCAAGCUUGCGACGUGAUGUGAGCAUGCAGUAUGACCAGGGCGGCUACGGCGCGCAGCAGUACGGCCAGCAGGCGCAUGCCGCACCCGCAAGCACAGCGCCCCUCGCAGCUUCGCCCUCACCGUUCCGCUGCGCCCUCGCGCUUCCCGCACAUACGCACACGGCGCCGCCGCCUUUGCAGGGAGGCUACGCCGGGCAGCAGCAGCAGCAGGGCGCGCUGUGGUGCAUUUACCCGGUCGCGGGCGUCAGCGGGCACACACGCUUCCAGGCUUUUGCGUUUGGGCCGCAGUAUGCCUCGGCCACCCAGAAGUACUCCACCAUCCCGUACGCGCUCUCCUUCUCCGAGUACGAGUUUGUGCUCGGCCGAUGGAACAUGAUGAGCCCCUCUCCGUACGUCAGCCGGCAGCAGUGCCUCGUCCAGCUUCUGCAGGACGGCAACGCGAUGCUGACCUCGACCGGCAAGCCCGCGACCGGCGUGCGCGCGCGGGGCGGACAGUGGAACGCACUGUACACCGGGCAGACCCACUACCUCUCUGACGGCGACGAGGUGGCCCUCGACGCGCAGAGCCCGGACAGCGCCGUGUUCACCUUUGAGCACCUCGCGAUGCAGGGCUUUCAGCAGCAGGGCUAUCAGCAGCAGCAGGGCGGGGGCUACUACUAGAUUGCGCUGCCGAGCCGCCGCAGAGGGCCGGGCCGCAACCCACGGCAACCGUGCCGUUUCGCUCUUGCCUUCGCACUGCCGCGUGCGAUCGUCUGAGUUUUGCCCCCACGGAAGUUUUCUCGUGAAUGAAUAAUCACUGUGUAUCCA